AUGAAAAAUACUGCCAGAGUAUUUCGUCACGCAAUUGAUUUAGUCAAAUUAGUUCCACAUGGAAUUCUCACAGAUAAUGGAACAGAAUUCAUUGGAAAAGAUUUUGAAGCGGUUUGCCAAGAAUUCAAUAUAAAAUAUUUCAAAACUCAUCCGUACUCUCCAGAGGAAAAUGGAAAAAUUGAAAGGAGUUGGGAGACUCUUUUCAAGACAAACCCCGGAGUGAACGUCUUUGAGUUCAUACUCAAAUCAUACAAAGUUUUGUCGAAUAGUUUGAUAUAA